CGCGCGCUCAUUGAACCGAAUCAUAGCAACGGCACGGCACAGUGAGGCGGGCUGUGGCGUUCAGAAAGGAAGGGUAAGGAAAGGAAAUCAUGUCCUACACUAAGUUCCUCACCGCUUUUGUUAGAGCAAACUCGGGCAAUGUCGGGAAAAUACGCGUUUCAUCUGGAAGAUGUCGGUCAACAAUGGCAUCCACCAAGAGCCAAGAAGAGAAAGAGCAACCGAUGGAUGGGUGCACCGUGGUGGAGGCUGUUCCGGUUGAGCUCAUCAGUGAAACCAUAAACUGUACCAACACACAGCUGAAUAAAAUCCACAUUGAUUUCGACAACACUCUAGAAGCCUACAAAAGCAAGGGUAACGUUGAACUGCUCCGGAGUCUGCUGGUCUUUAAGCUUUGUACAUUUGACCUGCUGGUUGAAAAGAAUAAAGAGUUGAUGGAGCUGAGUAAGAAGGUGCUUGGUCAGUGGGUGUUUGAGAAGCUGAUGAAGAUGACCUUCUACGGCCAGUUUGUGGCAGGGGAAGACCACAACUCCAUCAAACCUUUAAUUCAUAAGAACCAGGCCUUUGGUGUGGGGGCAGUUUUGGACUACAGUGUUGAAGAGGACUUGACCCAAGAGGAGGCAGAGAAGAAGGAAAUGGAUUCGUGUGUUUCUGAGGCAGAGAAAGAAAGUCCAGAUUCUGAUCAUCGUGAGAAGAAAUAUAAGGCUCAUCGUCAGUUUGGGGACCGGCGUGGUGGGGUUAUCAGUGCUCGUACCUACUUCUAUGCAGAUGAGGCCAAAUGUGACAACCAAAUGGAGACAUUCAUAAACUGCAUUAAAGCUUCCGGUGGAGCCUCUGCUGAUGGAUUUUCUGCCAUCAAAAUGACAGCUCUGGGACGCCCGCAGUUCCUUCUCCAGUUUUCGGAAGUCCUGGUUAAAUGGAGACAGUUCUUCAACUUCCUCGCAGCUCAACAGGGAAAAUCUGACAUGAUGGUUUUGGAUCAAAAACUGGAGCUGGAACAACUCAAGGAAAGUUUGACUAAACUGGGCGUCGGAGCCAAGGAUGACAUUGAGAACUGGUUUACUGGAGAGAAGCUGGGUUUGUCAGGAACAAUCGAUCUACUGGACUGGAACAGUUUGAUAAAUGAUACAACAAAAAUCUCCAAUCUACUUAUGGUGCCAAACCUUGAGACAGGCCAGCUGGAACCUUUGUUGAAGAAGUUUACGGCUGAGGAGGAGAGCCAGAUGAAGAGAAUGCUGCAGAGAGUGGACGUUCUGGCCAAGCAUGCUAUGGAGAAAGGGGUAAGGCUAAUGGUGGAUGCUGAGCAGACAUACUUCCAGCCAGCUAUUAGCCGACUGACCCUGGAAAUGCAGAGGAAAUUCAACAGAGAGAAGCCAAUCAUUUUCAACACCUACCAGUGUUACCUCAAGGAAGCCUAUGACAAUGUAACUGUGGAUGUUGAGCUGUCACGACGAGAGGGCUGGUACUUUGGUGCCAAACUGGUCCGUGGAGCUUACAUGUACCAAGAGAGAGCCAGGGCCAAGGAGAUUGGAUACGAAGACCCAAUAAACCCAGACUAUGAGGCCACUAACAGGAUGUAUCACAAGUGUUUGGAGUAUGUGCUGGAGGAGAUUGAACACAGCAGGAAAGCAAAUAUCAUGGUUGCAACUCACAAUGAGGACACAGUGAAAUUCACCCUAGAAAAGAUGAAUGAGAUGGGCCUUUCACCCACUGAGAAUAAAGUUUACUUUGGUCAGCUGCUCGGCAUGUGUGACCAGAUCAGCUUCCCACUAGGUCAAGCAGGUUUCCCAGUCUACAAGUACGUUCCAUAUGGCCCAGUCAACGAGGUCAUACCGUAUCUGUCUCGUCGUGCUCAAGAGAACCGUGGCUUCAUGAAGGGAUCCCAGAGAGAGCGCAGCCUGCUGUGGAAGGAGCUGAAACGCAGGAUGCUGAGUGGUCAGAUUUUCUACAAGCCUGUCUACUAAGUCACGGGACCUGAACAUACUAACUGGAGUAUUCCUGUAAGCAUUCCACCAUUUUAACUGUACCACUACCUGUUAACUGCUCUUAGUAGAGGAAGAUAAAUGUCCUUCCUUUGCUUGCUAGGCUGCACAGUAUCAAAGAAAUUUUUACAGUUUUACUGGCAGGUAUUUAAAAGUAUUUAUUUUGGUUUUAGCAGUAUAUUUAAUAAAAAAGUGUUUAAAACACCGCCAUGAUAAUACAUGUAGCGAUACAUAUGCUGCUCCAUUAAAAGGUGAUGAUUGAUAUUUGUCUUUAGAUCUAAAUCAGUUUAUUUAAGUUAAAACUAGCCAUGGUAAUCCUCAGAAUCAAUUCUGCAAAAACUUAACAACAUGCUCAUUUUUGAAGAACUUUUGCAAAUAUUUAUGCCUCGAAACAUUCAUCCUUUCUGAUAUACAGUGUGGAAUUCUUCAGUAAAGUGUAAGAAAAGUAUUUUGUGAAUGUAUGGUUACCAGAGGUGGCUUUCAUGUAUAUAAAAGCUGUCAUGUGCUUUUUAAAAUGAUGAAAGACACUCUUUGUGCUUUCUUCAGUUUAUUUUAUGUAGCUGUCACUCAAAAGUGCCUUAUGACUGUUUUCAAAAGAUUAAGUGGAAGCAAUUAGCUACUGCGCAACAGCUUUGUUGUGGUUACUGCACACUCCUCCAAGGGGAUUGUAAAUUAUUAAGCAUGUUUAUUGCUGAUAUUAUGGGUCAUUGCAUUAAGCAAAUAUAAAAAGCCAUUUGUUGCUUAUUGGGCAGCAUAGUGAUUUUUAUCAUAUAAAAAUGGCUUUAUAUUCAUACAUCUGGAUUAGCAAAUGCAGUAUCUUAUCCUCUUUUUGACUUCACAUGACUGCCACAAAUCAAUGUCCCUAAGGCAAAGAAUACAUAAAUGUGGAGUAAAGGAGUGGUUGUUUGUGGAGGUAAUCUUUAUUUUUUUCAGACUAAAUAAACUCCUUUACUAUCUACUGAGCAAAAAGUAGUAUGUUUGUGACUUCAGUUUUCUUUGAAGCCAGAAACAUCUUCUGCCUUGCCCUGCCCUGUGCUCGAAAAUGUUACCAAAACAUGCCAUGAUUACUGCUGUGAUUUUUCAAGGAAACCUGCACCCAAGUACUCUAAGAACACCUGCACUGUUGCAUAAUCUGCAUGGUAGGAGAAACCGCAUGUUGCUUCAACUGUUAUUGUGGAGAUGAUCUCUGGACUGGUUAUAUCAUUAUCUCUGGUUUCGAUGCUGCCCAUAGUAUUUCAGUUAUUUGUUAGCUUUGAUGUAUUUCCUUUUUUUUUAAAUGAUUUCAUAUUUGGUUUCUUCAUGACUGCUGUAUCAGUAUACACCAUAUUUUGUACAAUUGUAAAAUGUAAGCAAUUAAUAAUUAAGCAAUUAAUAUUAAUGCAAUAAAAUACGGUUAAUG